AUGGCCGAGUUCGCUUACAACAACACGCACCACUCGUCCACAGGCAUGUCACCGUUCUUCGCACUAUACGGUCAGCACCCCAAUGUCCCCACUCGUGUCAAUCUCACACCCACAGUCCCUCGUGCGGACAACUUCCACCAGCAUCUCACCUUCAUUCAUGAUCACCUCUCCCAGCUGCGCGCAACCGUCGCCCCCAGCGUGCGCCACACCACCUCUCAUUCUCCCGCCACCAUGGCCCGCCUUGGAAGCGCGCGCGCGCCCUCGCCGCUGCUGCUGCUCUUCCUCGCCACUCUGCUGCCUCUGCUCGCCGCGCCGGCCGCGUCGGUGGUGGUGAGCGCCGCUGCUGCGAGGAGUGGCGGCGGCGACGGUGGUGUGGCAAGCGAGCUCCCUCCCGCUGCGUGGACCACUGGCAGCCACGCCACCGGCCUUGUCACCGGCGGGCCGCGCAUGGCGCUCGAAGAGGGCGAGGGCGACGCGGCGGACGGGUGGGCUCUGGAAGACGACGAGGCGCAGUGGGAGGCGGACGUUGAGGAGCGCGCGGAGGGCAGGAGCCUGGCGGAGGAGGGCGCGGAGGAGGAGAGCGCGGCGGAAGAGAUGGUGGGGGAGAUGGCGGAGGGUGAGGGGGAAGGGGACGAGGAGGAGGAAGAGGGGCGCAUGCUCGCUGAGGGCGACUGGGAGGAGGAAAGCGAGGCGAGCGAGGUGGGCGAGGAGGAGGAGGAGAGCGAGGAAAGCGAGGAGAGCGAGGAGGGAAGGAUGCUUGCAGAGGGAGAGGAGGAGGAGGAUGAGGAGGUGGACGAUGGCGAGGAGGAGGAGGAGGAGAUUGAGGGAGCGGAAGGCAGGAUGCUGGUGGAGAGCGGAGACGUGGAGGAGGAGGAAGAGGCGGAGGGCGGGGAGAUGGCGGGUGAGGAGGCGGAUGAGGAGGAAGAGGGCAGAGUGCUGGCGGAAGUGGAGGACGAAGAUGAGGAGAUGGAGGGCGAGGAUGUGGAGGAGGCGGAGGAGGCGGAGGAGGAGGGGAGAGCUCUUGUGGAGGACAGCGAGAGCGAGGAGGAAGCAGGUGGAAUGGAUGGUGACGCGGACGAGGGGGGUGAUGAGGCUGACGGACUUGAGAUGCCCAGGGAGCUUCAGGAGGAGGAGGAGGAGGAGGAGGGGAUGGAGAGUGACGAGGAGGAGGAGGUUGAGGAUGAAGAGGGGGAUGAGGAGGAAGGGAUUGAGUUUCCACGCAAGCUGGCUGACGAGGACGAGAAGAAGGGCGAGGAGAAGAAGGAGGAGAAGAAGAAGGAGGAGAAGAAGCCGGGGGUGCUGAAGAGGACGGCGAAUGCGAUCAAGAGCUUCUUCAGGAACAUUCGUGAUCGCAUCACUGGCAAGAACAAGAAGCCCGACAACAGCCCCCGCAAGGCAGGCCCCUCCGAUGCCAAGGAUGCCAAGGCCUAG